AUGCUGACUUUGGAUCUCCCAAAAGGCUUUGGAAGUCAGAAGGACAGUGAGGAUAUAUUCAAUCCUGAAGCUGAGAAGCAGGAGAGCAGUGCCAAAGAGGGGGCUUUGCAGAUCACACUGCAUGUCCUGAGGAACAUGAACCAGAAGGAGCUUGCUGACACACUGGAAAUGUCUCUGAAGUCAAACCCCUCAAGCCUGAAACAAUUGGAUCUGAGUGACAAUGAUCUGCAUGAUAACGGAGUGAAGACAAUCUCUGCUUUGCUGCAAAAUCUACAAUGUAGACUGGAGAUUCUGAGCCUCUCUGACUGUCUGGUCACAGAGAAAGGCUGUGCUUCUCUGGUCUCAGCUCUGAAGUCAAACCCCUCACACCUGAAAGAGCUGGAUCUGAGUAAGAAUGACCUGAAGUAUUCAGGAGUGAAGCUGCUUGCUACUUUCCUGGAGGAUCCACAAUGUAAACUGGAGGCUCUUAGGUUGUCAGGGUGUUUGGUCACAGACAAAGGGUGUGCAUUUUUGGCCUCAGCUCUGAUUUCAAACCCUUCACACCUGAAAGAGCUGGAUCUAAGUAAAAAUGAACUACACGAUUCAGGAGUACACCGGAUUGCUGAUGGGUUGCAAAAUAAACAGUGUAAACUUGAGACACUGAGGUCAGUAUUGUGUUAUUUAUAAGAAAUAUCUU